GUUACUUCUCUAUGAUAACUGUUAUAGUCUUGGAGUGGACAACAACCAUUUGAUUGCUCUUUAAUUUUCAAGUCUAAUGGUAGAAAAGUGUGAAAUAUAUUAAGCACAACUACAAAACGGCAGCUAACUACGGCGAAGGUGCUCGGAGGCCUGGUUUAGUAUUAUCGUGAGCCUUUAUUCAUCUGCAGAGGUAUCCUGUGGAGUGGUCGUGAGAAGAGCCAACCGAACGAAAAACGGAGGAAAAUGUCUUUGCAGGCAGAAUUUGAGCAGCACGCGGAGGAUGUGAAGAAGGUGAAGAGCAGGCCCACUGAUCAGGAGCUCUUGGACAUGUAUGGCUAUUACAAGCAAGCCACCGUUGGGGACGUAAACAUCGACAGACCUGGGAUGUUGGAUAUGAAGGGGAAGGCCAAAUGGGAUUCAUGGAAUUCCAGGAAAGUGAGACCUUUCACAACUGAAGAAGAGUUCAAAAACACUGCAGCCAUAGUGAAGCAGUUUGGUGAUGGUGUCGGACAUGACCUACAUCAAAGACUGCUUCAAAGAGCCAAGAGUCGGAGGAACUGGCUGGAAGACUGGUGGCUGAGUGCGGCAUACCUGGAGGUCCGCAUGCCCUCUCAGCUCAAUGUGAACUUCGGGGGUCCGGCGCCUUACCUGGAGCACUGCUGGCCACCCUGUGAAGGCAAACAACUGGAGCGGACCAGCAUCAGCGUCUGGCACAACCUGCAGUACUGGGACCUCAUCCGCACAGAAAGGCUGGCCAUCCACAAGUCGGGCAGCACGCCCUUCGACAUGGAUCAGUUCCGCAUGCUCUUCAACACAUGCAAGGUGCCAGGCAUCACCAAGGAUUCAAUCAUCAACUACUUCCGAACAGAGACUGAGGGAGCGUGCCCUUCGCAUCUAAUCGUGAUGUGCCGUGGGCGGAUUUUCACAUUUGAUGUGCUGUGCAAUGGUCAAAUCCUCACCCCACCUGAACUCUUAAGGCAACUCACCCACAUCAGGCAGUGCUGCGACGGAGAGCCAUCCGGUGAGGGGGUGUCCGCCCUCACCACCGAGGAGAGGACCCGCUGGGCCAAGACGAGGGAGCACCUGGUGUCACUGGACCCGGCCAAUGAGAGCAUCCUAGAGAUCAUUCAGAGCAGUCUGUUCGUCGUGUCCUUGGACGACAGCAAGCCUUAUGCUACACCAGAGAACUAUUCACCGAUAACGUUGCAGGCCCUGGUUGGUGACCCCACCAUCCGCUGGGGUGAUAAAUCCUACAACUACCUCAGCUUUGCUGACGGCACGUUCGGCUCCAACUGUGACCACGCUCCCUAUGACGCCAUGAUCCUCAUCUCCCUCUGCUACUAUGUGGACCAGAAGCUGAAAGCCUGCAAUGGCAAAUGGAAGGGCUCGGAGGUCGUUCGUCAGCUGCCACUCCCUGAGGAGCUUGUUUUCACUGUAGAUGACCGCAUCAGAAGAGACAUCAGUCUGGCCAAAGAUCAGUACUACAAAACAACUCAAGAUCUGCAGGUUGUGACGUAUGCGUUCACCUCAUUUGGCAAAGCGGCCAUCAAGAAGAGGAAACUCCAUCCAGACACAUUUGUGCAGCUGGCCCUACAGCUGGCUUACUACAGACUUCACCACAAGGUCGGGAGUUGCUAUGAGACGGCCACCACGCGGAGGUUCUACCAUGGUCGCACGGAGACCAUGAGGCCGUGCACCACUGAGGCUCAGAGCUGGUGUAGGAUCAUGCUGGACCCUACAGCAAGUGCAGAAACAAAGAGAACAGCACUGCAGAAAGCGGCUAACAAGCACAACAAACUCAUGAACGAGGCCCAGAAUGGAAAGGGUAUUGAUAGACACCUGCUCGGCCUGAGCCUGAUCGCCAAGGAGGAGGGACUUCCUGUUCCAGAGUUGUUCACUGAUCCUGUCUUUGCAAAGAGCGGAGGGGGCGGAAACUUCACUCUGUCCACCAGUCUAGUGGGUUACACCACAGUGCUCGGGGCAGUGGCUCCCAUGGUGCACCAUGGCUAUGGAUUCUUCUACCGCAUCCGGGACGAUAGGUUGGUGGCGUCAUGCAGCGCUUGGAAGUCCUGUGCCGAGACGAACGCCGAGGCUUUCUUCCACAGCUUCUCCACCUCCCUCCACGAGAUGCUCGCACUCACCACCCUGUCUCAGCUCUAGAGCACCCCCAAGUGGUGGAGGUCUCCUACUCCACAUGCAAGUUACACCAGUCAGCCUUCACCUUUUCUGUACACAAACAUUACAACAUGUGUUUGAUAACAUAGAAGUGUAACCAGGUAGGGUACAUAGUGACAUAGCAUAAUUUUUGUGCUUAAAACAUCAGAUUGUCGUUGAAACGGAGAGGAAUUUGACACCAAGCUCCUGUUUCUUUUCAUGCCGUCCCCUCCUCUAUGUCUGGUGCAAUGCAAUGCAACGUUAAAGCUUUCACUCGGCCAAAGCAGACAAAUCUUUAAGUGCUGCUUAUUUGGUACAGGACUCCGUAUGCUGCAGGUAAACCAUGCAAGCGUUCACCUGGGCCUUCUAGUUGGCUGCAUGCAGUGCAGCGCCACCUUUUGGUAAUUUCAGUAAAUGCACACAUCAAUGCAAUAUGUAUCGGUAAACUAUUGGCACAUAACUCACUACCAACAGAAUGAAAGGAGAAUGUAUUCCUCUGUGUUGUUUUCACAAUUUCUUUUGCACUUAACUACUGUUCAAUUAUUUGUCUUCCAAAGCAUGAUUUAUUUUUAUGUAGAGAUAUUUUGUAUAAUUGCUUUGAUUUUUAAUGUUGCGUUACUUACACUUUGAAGCAUUGAUUCAUUUAAUCUAGUCUUUCAACCAUGUAAAACAUGAAUGUCAAGGGCUAUUUGCAUCUGAUAUCUUCCCAGUCUUCCCUCCAGCCCUCGGCCCUGUGGGCAUUUUCACUUCGCAAAACAAGGAAUGACUAUGAUAGGCAUGGGAUCAGCAGGCCAGUCCACAACAAGUUGUUUACAACGUCAACAUGCAUUCAGCUGAGCUGUAUGUGAUGUGGGGGGCUGGUGGUUCAGAAGAGGUUUUGUAGGAGCAGGCAGUGUUGUGUCAGUGUUAAUGAAUGAAUGACUGACUGAAUGAAUGACUGAAUUGACCCCCCUAAUUGAAGCAUAAUAAAUAUGCAUUUUAAUGUAGAUCUAUUUCAAUGAUUACACUGCUAAGACUAAGUAGGAUUAAACGUGGUUGUGGAUGUAAUGUUUAUGGGAGACUGUUUUGAUUUUAGAUCUACAGGCCCUGACUUGUAAAGAAUGGAAUAUAGAAAUGAAAGAUGAUUUCUAAGAAUCUGUGACCCUGGUGCAUAUGAAUUCAUAAUGCCUGUCUAAUUAAAUAGGCAUGCUGUGUUUGAAUGUUUGAUAAUGCACAUGGUUUUACUAAACAACAUUCUUCCAUAUUUAUUUUGAAGGAGUAUGGAAAACAAACCA